UUUAAGAGUUUGGAGAGCAUUCCGGCUGGGGAAGGAAAGCUGUAGGGUCCCCAAUUAAGCUGCACUAGAAGGAGCAAGGAAAGAAAGAAAACAGCAAAGCAGUGAGCCCAUCACGAGUGAGUGCAAGGCUGUAACUGGCUGCAGCUCUGCGAACCUCGGCUUUGCGAACCAAUUCCCCCAAAGGGAGACCAUCCUUCACCCAGGCCCACAGAAGAUGCUGAAAAGGUGUCUCUCAGCUGUCGGCUGGCUCUGCGUUUUCAUUGCAGUCUUUGUCAGCCACCCAGUCUGGCCACAGAAGCCCCCGAAGCAGAAGACACCAGCAAAACUCAAAGCGGUUGCCUGCUGUGAGGAGGUGAAGGAGCUCAAGGCCCAAACUGCCAACCUCAGCAGUCUGCUGAGCGAGCUGCGCCAGAAGCAGGAGCAGGACUGGGUCAGCGUGGUCAUGCAGGUGAUGGAGCUGGAGAGCAGCAACAAGCGCAUGGAGUCUCGACUCUCAGAUGCCGAGAGCAAGUUCUCCCAGAUGAACAACCAGAUCGACAUCAUGCAGCUGCAGGCGGCGCAGACUGUCACGCAGACGUCAGCAGACGCCAUGUACGACUGCUCUUCCCUCUACCAGAAGAACUACCGCAUCUCCGGCGUGUACAAGCUUCCUCCGGACGACUUCCUGGGCAGCCCUGAGAUGGAGGUGUUCUGUGACAUGGAGACGUCGGGAGGCGGCUGGACGAUCAUUCAGAGACGAAAGAGCGGCCUCGUCUCCUUCUACCGGGACUGGCGGCAGUACAAGCAGGGCUUUGGCAGCACCCGCGGGGACUUCUGGCUGGGGAAUGACAACAUCCACCGGCUCUCCCGACGGCCGACCCGGCUGCGCGUGGAGCUGGAGGACUGGGAGGGCGACGUGCGCUACGCUGAGUACAGCCACUUUGUCCUGGGCAAUGAACUGAACAGUUAUCGCCUCUUCCUGGGGAACUACAGCGGCAACGUGGGGAACGACGCCCUCAUCUAUCAUAACAACACGGCCUUCAGCACCAAGGACAAGGACAAUGACAACUGCUUAGACAAGUGUGCACAGCUCCGCAAAGGUGGGUACUGGUACAACUGCUGCACGGACUCCAACCUCAACGGAGUUCACUAUCACCUCGGAGAGCACACCAGGCACCUGGAUGGCAUCACCUGGUAUGGCUGGCACGGGUCUAGCUACUCCCUCAAGCGGGUGGAGAUGAAAAUCCGCCCGGAAGACUUCCAGCCCUGAAGGAGGCUUGCUGUGGAACAGGAUGGGGGAAAUGGAAAAGAACGGAGGCUGGGCGAAGGUGGAGAAGGAAAGGCAGGCUCUGAGGAGCACAAAGCAGCGGGUACCCAGGAUGUGACAGUGAAUAUGAGUACUUCAAUGCAGCGGGUCCUGACACAUACUUCUCGGGGUGGGGGUAGGGUGGGGUGGGGGUG